AUGACCUUAACUGGUUUGCCUUUUUCUUGUGUGCUAGGAAUCUCAACCGGCCGAGAGAAGUUAAGACGAAAUAAUGAAGUAUCUAGUGAAGAAAAUGAAUCUAGUGAAAGUCAAUCUGAUGUUGACGAUAUUCUGAAAAGUGAAAUAGCAUCAAUAAAGCGUUUUCUAAAUGCUAAAUUUGAUAAAUUUAAUGAAAUAAUUAAUCAAGCUUCAAAAAAAGUUAAAAAAUUGAAAAAAACAGUUCUAAAACAUAAACUCGCUAAUGAUGAAUUAACAAAAAAGAAUUUAGAUUACCAAAAUACUUUAAAAGCACAACAAGAUCAAAUAUCAAAAAUUGAAGAAACGUUCAAAGAAAAAGUUUAUAGUGUUCUAGAAAGUGAAUUUCAAUGUCCAAUUUGUAAUGAAUUAAUGGUUAAGGCGUGUACAAUUAAUUGCAGCCAUACAUUUUGUGAAGUUUGUUUAAAUACUUGGUUGAGAGGAAAUAAUGUGUGUCCUCUUUGUCGAACUUCAGUUGAAACCAAAACUCUUUGUCUAGCUCUGGAUAACUUUAUUAAUAAUAUUUGUGAUCAUCUUGGGAAUGCAAUAAAAGAACAUCGAGAAAAAGUACAACAAGAAAACGGUACGGCGUUCCGGUUGAGCACAGUACCAACACACUGUAGCCAAUCAAAUGUCCAUCAGACUGAAGGAGACGUCGAAUCGAAAACAAUUAACUAACGUGUACAUACUUGUGUAAACUGUCGGCGACGGUGGUGAAGCACAAAACACGCCGGUUUGCCAUGUGUUAGAUAAAAUAAAUUCUGUGGUCAAA